CUUUUAUGUUUCUUCUUGUUUUCUCAGAGACAGUUCAAAUUUGAUUCUGCAACGAAUAAAACCCACUUGUCUAUCUAUAAGUCAUUGCUCUAUGGCUGACCCAAACUGAACUAUCCCCAACCCCCACGCCAAACCCACACACACCCACAUCUCAGAGACAAAAGCAAAUCCCAAUCGGGUUUUGGAGAGAGUUUACAGUGAUGAAGGAUCAGAAUUUGGAUCUUUUCGACCCGAGAAUGGCUGUUAUGGACCCGGAAAGCUCUCCUAGCCGUGCCCGGGACCCCGAUUUCGGGUUUGCAUUCAACGACAGCAACUUCUCCGACCGUCUCCUCCGGAUUGAGAUUAUGGCCGACCCCGAGGGCUUUCAUUGUCAGAGUCUAGCUGAUUGGGCCCGCAAUCGCAAACGACGGAGAGAUGAUAUCAACAAGGAUAUGGCUUUGGAUAUCAUCGCAUGCCCUGAAGAGCAGAUUAUAAGCUGUAACCAAAUUGAUACUGAAGAUGCUGAGAAUGAAAAUCAAGAUGAAUCAGUUGUUGCAAUGAUCGAAGAGCCACACUCAGGAGAUGAAGCUGCUAACACUGAUGAUUCAUCUUGGAACUUUGAUUCUCCAAGAGUUGUUAAAGUUAAAACCUUACAUAUCAGCUCCCCCAUUUUAGCAGCAAGAAGCCCAUUCUUCUACAAGCUCUUCUCCAACGGGAUGAGGGAGUCUGAGCAAAGACAAGUAACUCUAAGAAUUAAUGCUUCAGAGGAAGCUGCACUGAUGGAGCUCCUGAAUUUUAUGUAUAGCAAUACAUUGACCACUGAUACAGCGCCUGCUUUGUUGGAUGUACUCAUGGCUGCCGACAAGUUUGAAGUUGCUUCUUGCAUGCGGUAUUGCAGCCGGCAACUGCGUAAUUUACCAAUGACUCCAGAGUCCGCUUUGCUAUAUUUGGAGCUUCCUUCUAGCGUCCUGAUGGCUGAAGCAGUUCAGCCCUUGACUGAUGCCGCAGAACAAUUCCUAGCUGCAAGAUACAAAGAUAUUACCAAGUUUCAGGAUGAGGUUAUGAAGUUGCCUCUUGCUGGAGUGGAGGCUAUUUUGUCCAGUGAUGACCUCCAGGUAGCAUCAGAGGAUGCAGUGUACGACUUUGUGUUGAAGUGGACAAGGGCUCAUUAUCCGCAGUUUGAGGAACGGCGAGAAAUCCUUGGUUCACGACUUGGUCGUUGCAUCCGUUUUCCUUUCAUGAGCUGUCGAAAGCUUCGGAAGGUUCUGGCAUGUAAUGACUUUGAUCAGGAAUUUGUAUCCAAGCUUGUUCUUGAAGCCCUCUUUUAUAAAGCUGAGGCCCCUCAUCGUCAGCGAAACCAAGCUGCGGAAGAAUCAUCAUCACCUAGUCGUCGUUUUGUGGAGCGUGCUUACAAGUAUCGACCUGUCAAGGUGGUUGAUUUUGAACUUCCACGGCAACAAUGUGUAGUCUACGUGGAUCUUAAGCAGGAGGAAUGUGCUAGCCUCUUCCCUUCAGGAAGAGUGUAUUCUCAAGCAUUUCAUUUAGGGGGACAAGGUUUUUUCCUGUCUGCACAUUGCAACAUGGAUCAGCAAAGCUCUUUCCAUUGUUUUGGUCUCUUUCUGGGUAUGCAGGAAAAGGGAUCUGUGACUUUUGCUGUUGAUUACGAAUUUGCAGCAAGAACAAAACCAGGGGAGGAGUAUGUCAGCAAAUACAAAGGUAACUACACUUUUACGGGGGGCAAGGCAGUUGGCUACCGCAAUCUAUUUGCGAUACCAUGGCCAUCUUUCAUCGCUGAGGACAGUCCAUAUUUUAUUAACGGUAUGCUCCAUCUCAGGGCUGAACUUACUAUCAGGAAUUGAUUCCUUGCUCCCACAAUGUACAAUUAAUAUUGUUGUUUUUGCUUCUCGGAUGAGUUCAACACCCAAUGUUUCUUGGUUUGAUAAAACAAAGGCGGCAAGGUUUAGGGCUAAGUGCUAACUAUCGUAUGCUAGGCAUUGAAAUAUUUUGUACUAAAUCACUUUCCCCAGAUCCACAUGCUCUGCAAAGAUAGAAAAGGAUGUAAAUGGAUUUGAUGAGUGAAAGAAUGUUGGUUACUGUGACAUGUUAAAAUGUGAUACACAGAUUGCCCUGAAAAUGUCAUGCUGCAGUUAACAGUGUACAACAUAUGUAGCCGAGUUUGUAUGAACAUGCCAGCAAACUCUUUUUUUUUUCUUUCUAAAUAAACAGCAUUCCUGCAGAACCGGGGAUACCGUACG